AUGCUGAGACCUGAUGGCAACCCCAACUCUUCUCCCAGCAAACCAAAAUCAGGUGGAAAUGCAGAAAAGGCACGGCAGUCGAAGGCUCGAAAGCAUGCCUUACAAAUGCAAGAGCGAGAGAAGAAACGCAAACGGAUUGCAGAACGAACGGAGGCAGAAGCUACACCAGUCGAGACGAUUACAAAAACAGGUAUAGGACUAUACCUAGAACCAUGUGUAUGCAGAUAUUGUGGAGAGGAUCUGACGAAUUCAGUACACAUUCGGUGCGUGGAGUGUACCGAUGUGCCUAUAUGCAUGAAAUGCUUCGCAUCAGGGAGAGAACCUGCGACUCAUAAGCGGACGCACAGUUAUCGGGUCAUCGAUGUGGCUUUCAUAGCGCCGUUCCAGGAGAGCUGGAGUGCCGAUCAAGACCUCGCGCUACUGAAUGCAAUAGAUAAAAACGGUGUUGCGGAUUGGGGGUCUGUCGCCAAAGAAGUCAGGGCCAAAGUAAG